AUGGCGGCGGCAUCAGCUCGGGCGCCGUCGAGAGCAGCUUCCUCCGUUGGUACGGCCGCCGGAGUACUCCUGGCCCUCGCCGUCCUCCUCACAGAGCAGGUGAUUGUGGCGGAUUCCCUGUCCAUCGGCGUCAACUACGGGCAGAUCGCCGACAACCUCCCUGCGCCGGGGCGGGUGUCGACGCUGCUCCGGUCGAUCAAGAUCAGCAAGGUGAAGCUCUACGACGCCGACCCGCACGUCCUGCGCGCCUUCCUCGGCACGGGCGUGGAGUUCGUGAUCGGCAUCGGCAACGAGCACGUCCCGGCGAUGGUGAGCUCCACGGCGGCGCAGGCGUGGCUCCAGCAGCACGUGGUGCCGCACCUCCACGCCGGCGCGCGCAUCACCUGCAUCACCGUCGGCAACGAGGCGUUCAAGGGCAACGACACCGCCCUGCAGGCCAGCCUCCUGCCCGCCAUGCACUCGGUGCACCAGGCGCUCGGGACGCUCGGCCUGCAGGGCCGCGUGAACGUGACCACCGCGCACUCGCUGGACAUCAUGGGCGUCUCCUACCCGCCCUCCGCCGGCGCGUUCGCCCCGGGCGCCGUGGCGCACCUGCAGCCGUUCCUCAAGUUCCUGUCGGCGACGAGGGCCCCGUUCCUCAUCAACUGCUACCCGUUCUUCGCCUACAAGGACGACCCGGCGCGCGUGCCGCUGGACUACGUGCUCUUCCAGCCCAAUGCCGGCGUCACGGACCCCAGCACGGGGCUCAACUACGACAACAUGCUGUACGCGCAGGUGGACGCCGUCUACUCGGCCAUCAAGGCGCUGGGGCACACGGACGUGGACGUCAAGGUCUCCGAGACCGGGUGGCCGUCCCGGGGCGACCCCGACGAGGUGGGCGCCACGCCGCAGCACGCCGGGACCUACAUCAGGAAUCUGCUGAGGAGGAUAGAGAUGAAGCAGGGCACGCCGCUGCGGCCGGCGGUGCCCAUCGACGUCUACGUCUUCGCGCUCUUCAACGAGAACCUCAAGCCCGGCCCGGCGUCGGAGCGCAACUACGGGCUCUUCUACCCCGACGGCACGCCGGUCUACAACGUCGGCCUGCGCGGAUACCUCCCGCCCAUGGCGGACUCACAAGGAGCGCGGCAGGCGGUUCAUGUGAUUCUACUCAUCGCCAUGGCGACGGUCGCUUUUGCCUUGUCCUGA